AGGUCCUAAGAUCACUUUUGAUCAAUGCUAUGAAUUAUUUAGAAAUAAAUAAAUACUACUAAUGCAUUCUUGCUGAAUAAUACAAAUUCUAAAUUUAAACAGACCCCAGAAUUUUAAACAUUACUUUAUGACUUGCACUAUAAUCUAGUGGAUUAAAAAAAUAAAUAAAUAAAUACUUCCAAACCAUAGGGAAUGUGGCCUUUGUUUAUUUUUUAGUUUCUUUAAUAGCACAAUUUGGAUCCCGCCACCUAUUUUCACACUGAUUACACCCAAAUAUCUCAUUUGACAGUACAAGACUGCAUUUCAAGUCUUGUACAUUGUUUUAUAUUGUUUUUGUGCCGACUACAAGUGGAGGCUGAAGGUGAGUUGGUUCUCCUUGGGAGAGUGAAGGGGCAGAAAGCCACUGUGUUUAUGAUUAGCGCCAGCUCUCCGGCUGAUUGAAUAAUUACCAGGCUAUUGAGGCCACGUGGAAAGAAAGAAAGACAAAAUAAAGGACAAGAGGCAGCCCCUUCUUACCAAGUCAGUCUGCACUGUGCAUCCAAACCGACAAGCAAGACAAUAUGGGUCUGUGGGAAACCUGCUCUGUCCUUUUCCUUCUGAUCCUGAUUGCUGAAGGCUGGCAUGAUCUGGACAACACUGAAUAUGACUGCUGGCCCAUAGAAGAACCAAACGAUAACAACAUGAUUAGCUGUGGCGGCUUAGAAAUGGCUUGGGUUCAGCGUCCACCAGAAAAGGUCACGGAUGGGGAGGAGUUCAACGUUACCUACUCUGUCACUGCUUCGGAUUCCUUUUAUGAAUACGCCGUUAAAAACCAGAUUUUCCAGUUCAGUAAUGCCUCCGAGGCCAAAAGAUUCUGCCUCGAGCACCAAUGUCCCGCAAACUGGAACAACGCCAAUGAAGAUAACUGCUGCGUUUACCACGCCAACAUUCACUCCUGUCCUCUUGCGCUCAUGGUCAGCGGAGGGAUCUGUGGUCCCUGGAUUCCAGACGAUGGCGAAAUCGUAACCCACACCGUAUCCAAAGCCGGCAAGAUGAGCCAACUGCUCUGGACAUCAAAGGUGGUGCUGGUCCAUCUAGGAGUUACAUCGGUCAUUGCUCAUAUCAAAGUGGGACAGAUGCAUGCAGCACUAGAGUCCAAGGUGUUAGUAGUCAGCGCUCAAGUGUGUGGCGACGGCGUCUGUGAGCUGGAGGAGAGCUGUCUGACGUGUCCCGCCGACUGUGGGGUUUGUCCCAUGUCCACAUCCAUCAGAGUGGCCAUUGGGCUUCCUGUGGCCUUGUUCUGCAGCGGUUUCUUCUUGACGCUGGUGUGGCUGCAAUACCAGAAACAGAAAAUGUUUUGGGAUGAGAGCUGGAUCGUCAACUACAAUAAUAUCAUGUUUGAACUGAACAUCCCGUUUCAUGCCAAAAUAGAAUUGGUUUUCUUGGUCAUGAAAUACUUUAGCAUGUAUCCUGAAAUAGUUUUGGUCCUUACAGGUAAAGUGUGUUCCACAGGUUUUUGUAGCAGCACAAGUCUUCAGACUGUGAAGAGGAACUCGAGUGUGAGUAGAGUCACAGAUGUGACGGUCUGCACUGCAGUCAACACCAACUUCAGACCACGCUUCAUUCAGGCCGGCAUCUUUGAUGGAAGGACUGUAGCUGUAAAACACAUACAGAAGAAACACUUUACCCUCACUAAAACAAUCAGAAAAGAGGUCAAAGAGGUCAGGGAGCUUGAUCAUCCAAACCUUUCCAAGUUCUUAGGAGGCUGCAUUGAAGUUCCUUUCAUAAGCAUUAUCACUGAAUACUGUCCAAAGGGAAGCCUGGCAGACGUGCUGUUGAACGAGGAUGUCCCCAUCAAUUGGGGUUUUCGAUUGUCGUUUGCUACUGAUAUUGCUCGAGUAAUGGCUUACCUGCAUCAGCACAAAAUGUUCCAUGGCCGUCUUCAUUCACGCAACUGUGUGAUCGACGACCGGUGGGUCUGCAAAAUAUCAGAUUACGGACUCAUGGCCUACAGAAAGGAGGACUUUGAGAACAUGAGCAUCAGUUUCCAAUGUCAAAACGUCUGGCGCAUGUAUUGCGCACCUGAAGUUCUUCUGAGAAUCAGCACCAGUUUCACAGCCGCAGCUGAUGUGUACAGCUACUCAAUUAUCUUGGUGGAAAUCGCGACUCGCAGUGACCUUAUUUCACAGGAACAGGCAGAUUCAGUGGAGCUUGAUGUCAUGUGGCGCCCAUCACUUCCCAAACUGAAGGCUGGGAAAUCAGACAAUGAUUGCCCAGAUCCCGAUGAUUACUGUGAGCUGAUAAAGAGAUGCUGGAACCACAAUGUGACCAUGAGGCCGACGUUUGAACAGGUGAAAAAGAUGCUUGAUAAAAUGAACCCACACAAGGUCAGCCCUGUGGAUAUGAUGAUGAACCUGAUGGAAAAGUACAGUAAACAUCUGGAAUCUAUUGUAGCCGAGAGAACACAGGAUCUUCUUCAGGAGAAGCAGAAGACUGACCGAUUACUCUAUAGUAUGUUACCAAAAGCAGUGGCUGAUGAUCUUCGUCAGGGACGUACAGCAGAAGCCCAAAGUUACUCCAAUGCCACUGUAUAUUUUAGUGACAUAGUGGGCUUCACCCAGCUGUCUGGCUCCAGCACCCCUCACCAGGUUGUGGAUUUCCUCAACAAGCUUUACACCACAUUUGAUGACAUCAUCGACAACUACGAUGUGUACAAAGUGGAAACUAUAGGAGAUGCCUAUAUGGUGGUCUCGGGAGUACCUAAAGAGAACGGGAUCCAUCACGCUGGGGAAAUCGCCAGCAUGGCGCUGGACUUGAUCAGUGUCUGUCACGUGUUUAAAAUCCCACACAAACCCACCACACAGCUUAAGAUACGAGCUGGCAUUCAUUCAGGUCCCGUUGUAGCUGGGGUGGUUGGCACCAAAAUGCCCCGGUACUGCUUAUUUGGCGACACUGUAAACACUGCGUCCCGUAUGGAGUCCACCAGUGAAGCUUUAAAGAUCCAGUGCAGUGGCUGUACAGCAGAUCUUCUACACACACUUGGUGGAUAUGUGCUGAUGUGUCGUGGGUCUCUCAAUGUGAAGGGGAAAGGCGAAAUGACAACUUGGUGGCUGGAGGCAAAAAGAAGCCCCUCAGACCCUUUGUUCAGUGAAGACGAACCUUUGGGUCUUCCUGUUCCUGUUAGCAGUUAACUGAUUAUAUAUAUAUAUAUAUAUAUAUAUAUAUAUAUAUAUAUAUAUAUAUAUAUAUAUAUAUACACGGUCAUGACAGAAACCUUAACAAAUAAAUAGAAAUGUUUACCAGAUAUAGUAACUGACUAAAAUGUAUACUUACUGUUGGUGUAUAAGCAUGUGCUAUUACAUUUUAUUGCUGCUAUGCUGAAAUAUUGCUGCUGAUAUUGUUUCGUGUAUUAGACAAGAUGUUGUAUAUGUUGUGUUUGGAAGAUUUAAAAUGUCUUUGUCAUACGAAAGGCAGGCGUGUUCGUAGAGGCAACUUUUCAUUAAAUAUUUGUUAUUUUAUCUUCAACAGUGCAAAGGUUGUAUUUUAAAGUAUAAUAUUGCUGGAAUAAAAUAUCCAAGCUGA